GAACAGUGGCAUAAGUUGUCUCUCACGACUCACAUGAUGUGUGGGGGCCCUAUUUUUUUCUACGGUGCUGUUUUUGUUCCAAACCAAACCAGUACUAUACUCUACACUCUACACUCACUCCACUAACACUACACCACUCUCACAUUUCUCUUAACAAUAUUCGGUUUUUUUCCUUCCAUUUCAUCAAUCUCUCUCUCUCUUUCUCCAUUAUCUUCUUCUUUUUCUCUUUGACUUCUUCCUUUCUUUCGUUGACUUUUUGUCUUAGUCUUGCAAAUGGAUAACCAAGAUCAAAGAAGAACUCACAUUCCAGGAAACGAGAAUCAUGGAGUUCAUGUUUGUAACAAAUGUGGAUGGCUCUAUCCAAAUCCACAUCCUAGUGCUAAAAACAGGCGUGCACACAAGAAGAUCUGUGGAACCAUUCAAGGUUACAAACUUGAUCUCUCUCAGGAACAAACCCUUUUCAACGCUUCAGAUGAUGAUCACAAAACACCACCAAGUUUGGUUGUGUCAGGUUCAAACAACGAGAAGGGUAAUGAUGGAAUGAAUGAAUUGUUAGGUUCAACCAAGUUCUCUAGGGCCAUGACAAUGAGAUCAGAAGAUGAUGUGUUUUCAGAUGCAGCUGCUGAAUUUUCGGAUACAGGAGUUAAGGAUCGUUUGCAACAACAAGAUAGUCUGGACUCAGGUACUGAUGUAGAAAGAAUCAACAAAAAAGAACAAACACAUUCAGAUUAUUCCGAGUACAAAGAUUGUAGUGCUGCAGAUAUGAGUCCAUUAAUUGUCAACUCGAGCAAUGACUGCCAAAUUGAAAAUCCUGAAAUUCUGCAAAAUGAAAAUGUUGAAGCGGGAAAUAUAGUUGGGUUGCAAGGUCAAUUGUCAGGCUCCUCCUCUGUGGAUCCAUUAACAAGUUCAGUUGCAGAUUUGAAUACCGAAGAACUGUGUAUUGUGUACGGUGAUGGCUUUUCUGGUUUGUCAAGUGAUGAGGUAAAAUCAGAAAGAGACAUGGUUGAAAUUGUGGAGUCGACUGAUGACAUUGUAGGCGAAACAUGUGAAGGAGCUUCUGAAAUAGUAGUUAGUAAUUCAGUUUUCUUGGAUCAUGAAGUUGGUAAUCUGGAGGAAAAGAAGGGAUCCGAGUUCCUUAUUUUGCUGUCUCAAAAUGAACUUCCUCUAGAAGUAAACUCAUCUAUAAUCACAAACGAGGCUCAGGAAGAAUCUGCAUGUGCGGUGCAGUUCACGACUUGUAGAGAUGUUGAGGUUUUGCAGGAAAAGGAAGACAUGAAUAUUAAUAUUGAUCCACUUCAUGUGCAUGAUGAUACACUUGAUGUAGCUUAUCCUCAGAGUGAGUCAUUGAAAUGCGAGGAAGAUAUUACCAAGGAAGAUAAUUUUCAUUUCAACACAAGCCAAUUGAGCGAUAGAAGCGGUGUCCUUUCUUCAGAUAUGCAUGUUAUAGGUAGUAACACGGAGACUGAAGACAUACUUGCUGAAGAUUUCGCUGAUGCUUCUGUUGUCGAGCUCGCAACUGAAACUUAUCAAAGAUCACAUGAAAUUGGAGCGUCUAUGAAAACUGAGAUGAAUGAAAAUUAUUUUUCUGAUGAGCGAGGAUCUGAUGACAUUAAUGAAAAUUCUCAACCUGAAGGUAGUUUAAUAGUCACAUCAAAUGAGAGUCGGAAGGAGGUGUCCGUUGGGUCUGCGAGAACAAUCAACAUCAACAAUACAAGUGAUCAUGUGAAAACCACAACUGAAAUAAAUGAUGUAUCUGUAGAUGGAAGGGAUGUUGGAGCUAAUGUGGAAAAUGGCACUGAAAUUAUAUUGAAAGAUUUUCAACCUUGUGACCUCUUGCAAUCAGAAGUUGAGCAAUCAAAUGACUUACGGAAGAAUAAUAGUGAUGAUGCCAGUGAAAUGGGUAAAAUUGAACGUGGUAUAACUGACGCUCAAUGUAAAGAAAUGCCUAAGUCUGCGAACAGUGAUUUUGAAAGUCCGGUUAUUUCAGAUGUUGUAAUUGAUGGACCUGCAAGAAAAUCCAAUGGCACAAAUAUAGAUCCAGUAUCAGCCAUAAUUGAAGAUGAAAUCAAUAGCAAUAUCAAAUUAUAUGAAGAAUGUAAAACAUUCGCUGGUACCGCUGCUGAUUCACAUGAAACACGAGAGGUACAGCUAUUAGUGAAGGCUACAGAAGACCUUCCCGGCAAACACACAUCACAUUCUUCUACUAAUACUGAGACUUCUGCUCUACAUGAUUCUGCUUUUGAAGAUAAUUCGGGUCGAGAGCCUGAUGGAAAAGUGUCUAGCAUUACUGAUGUGCCACUACCUUUUGAAGAUCAAAGCAUUAAUAACUUGGUUAAACCAAGUUCACUCAGAAAUGAUGCUUCAGUUGAAUCUGGUAGCCAGCGUGACAGUUUGGAUGGCAACUGGGGAUCUGGUUCAGUUUUCUCGACACUAUCUGAUGCACCAGCUGUUAUUGAUGCCAAAACUUUACCAUCCACCGGCUUGCUGGCAUCAACAGAAGCAGGUAACUCAAACUCAAACCUCCCACAGGCUGCACCUGCUGAUAGACAGCUGUCGGGAAAAUCAGAAACGUUUGAGCUGCCAUCUUUCACGACAUUGGUUGAAUCUAUCCGUGUGGCUACUAGUCCUAAAGGUGCCGCUGCUUCUGAAGUCCAUAGCUCGCAACAGUCAAAUUCGACUUCACAAGCCGGUUGGUUCCCUACACUGAAUCAAGUUAUCAACGUGCCUGAAGGAAAAAAGAAGAACGAAGAAAUAACUGCCAAGGUAAGAAACUGGAGCAGCAGUAAAGAGCACACACCUCUGAAGAGUCUCUUGGGUGAGGCCAUUAAUAGCAACAAUGCGAAAUCACUGAAAAUGGAAGAAAAUAAUGGUUCUGGAUUGACAACUGUUAACUCGAUUCUGGGUCCCGAGUCGCCUUCAAGUCAAGUGCUGAAAGGAGAGGCUGCAAAUGAGUGGAACUCACCAGCAAGAUAUCCUGCAAACAUCAAGAGAGAAAAAAGGAAGUUGAAGAGUAGACCAUUUUGGAUACAAUUGGUUUGUUGCACAACAGUGGAUCCUCAGAGAAGGUAGAAGAAGAAUGGAAGAUUGUUAUUUACUAUUGACAUGCUAGUAUUUGCUCUCUAUUGUUUUUUAUAGAUUAUAGGUGCAUAUUUUAAUGUGUCCCAUAUUAUUCUUGCCAAGCUUCCUAGGAGUUUACUAUGUAUAUGACCAUCUUAUGUUUUUAUUUUUAUCAAGUGGGAUCUAAAUUUGGUCUUAAUUUGUGUAAUGUGUCAUCUUAAUUUGGUCUUAGACUCUUCGGAAUUUGGAUGACAACAUGUAGACAUGAACUACUAAUGUUGCGUAUGGAAUGCAUUUUUCCAUCAAAAUUAA